UUUCACUCCCUUUCAUGGAUUCUCUCUUCCAAUCAGACCUUCAAAAACCACAUUAGAAAAUCUUUAUUUCUCUCCAGAAACUAUAAUCUGUUUGUCUCGCGGCUGCCACCAUUGUUGGAUUCUUUUCCUUUUCUUUCUAAAUGUAACGCUAGUAAAAACAAUAUUGGUUUCGUCUGGGUUUGAUCUAUGAGCAGAUCCGAUAUGGAGUGCUUUCUUUUUCUUUUCCGAUUGGUCUGAUUUUUAGGUACUUUUUUUGUGGACACAAUGCAAUUCCUUGUUAUUCAUUGGACGGUGCGAAUGACUGUUACCAGAUCUGACGUGCUCGAACCAAAUCUUGUAUGCCCAAUUGCUGCAAGAUAUUUCAGCGGCUGUUGAGUGAUAAUGCAAUUAGGAAGUUGGAGAUGAAAAAGCAAGAUAUGUCAACCAUCAAUCAGCAAUGUGCACAUACAGACAUGUACACUCCUAAGAACAUUCUUAUAACAGGGGCUGCAGGUUUUAUUGCAUCUCAUGUUUGCAACCGACUCAUCAGGAACUACCCUCAGUAUAAAAUUGUGGUCCUUGAUAAACUUGAUUACUGUUCCAACCUCAAGAAUCUCAACCCAUCAAGAUCCUCUCCCAACUUCAAGUUUGUUAAAGGAGACAUUGGUAGUGCUGAUCUUGUAAACUUCCUUCUGAUCACUGAGGGAAUUGACACCAUAAUGCACUUUGCUGCACAAACCCAUGUUGAUAAUUCAUUUGGUAAUAGCUUUGAGUUCACGAAAAACAAUAUAUAUGGAACUCAUGUCCUUUUAGAAGCUUGUAAAGUGACUGGCCAAAUAAGGAGGUUCAUCCACGUUAGCACUGAUGAAGUUUAUGGUGAAACUGAUGAAGAUGCUGUUGUUGGAAACCAUGAGGCUUCUCAGCUUCUUCCAACAAAUCCUUAUUCUGCAACUAAGGCAGGGGCUGAAAUGCUUGUCAUGGCAUAUGGUAGAUCUUAUGGUCUGCCUGUUAUAACCACAAGGGGAAAUAAUGUUUAUGGUCCUAAUCAAUUUCCAGAAAAGCUUAUUCCAAAGUUCAUUCUUUUGGCAAUGGCAAAGAAAAUUCUUCCUAUUCAUGGUGAUGGCUCAAACGUCCGAAGUUACCUUUAUUGUGAGGAUGUAGCAGAAGCUUUUGAAGUGAUUCUCCAUAGAGGGGAAGUUGGCCAUGUGUACAACAUUGGAACAAAGAAAGAAAGGAGAGUACUUGAUGUUGCAAAUGAUAUCUGCAGGCUUUUCUCGUUGGACCAAGAUAAAGCUAUUCGUUUUGUGGAGAACAGACCGUUUAAUGAUCAGAGGUACUUUCUGGAUGAUCAAAAAUUAAAAAACUUGGGUUGGUCAGAACGAACCUCAUGGGAAGAGGGGUUGAGGAAGACAAUUGAGUGGUAUACUAGCCACCCGGAUUGGUGGGGUGAUGUAUCAGGUGCAUUGGUUCCUCACCCACGAAUGCUGAUGAUGCCAGGAACUGAUAGACAAUAUGACAGGCCUGAAGAUUACACUGCUAGGGGCUCUCAUGUUUCAAAUAGUUCUGUCCACAACAGUAGGCGCAUUCCUCUUUUAAAUAAUGGCAGUGUACCUCAGAAAGUGCCGUUAAAGUUCUUGAUCUACGGCCGCACAGGUUGGAUAGGAGGGCUCCUUGGCAAAAUAUGUGAGAAACAGGGAAUACCAUUUGAAUAUGGGAGCGGAAGAUUGGAGAACAGAUCACAACUCAUGGCAGAUAUUGUCAGAGUGAAACCAACCCAUGUUUUUAAUGCAGCUGGAGUUACAGGUAGGCCAAAUGUUGACUGGUGUGAAACACACAAGACAGAGACCAUCCGCACCAAUGUUGUAGGAACUCUUACCUUGGCAGACGUGUGCAAAGAGCAUGGGCUACUGAUGAUGAAUUUUGCUACUGGAUGCAUAUUUGAGUAUGAUGCUGAACACCCAGAACGAUCAGGCAUUGGAUUCAGGGAAGAUGACAAGCCAAAUUUCACUGGAUCUUUCUAUUCAAAAACCAAAGCAAUGGUGGAAGAGCUUUUGAGUGAAUAUGAGAAUGUCUGUACCCUCAGAGUCCGAAUGCCAAUAUCAUCUGAUCUUAGCAACCCUCGUAACUUCAUUACUAAAAUCACCCGUUACAACAAAGUGGUUAACAUACCUAACAGCAUGACAAUCUUGGAUGAACUUCUGCCUAUAUCAAUCGAGAUGGCAAAAAGAAAUCUGAGAGGCAUAUGGAACUUCACAAAUCCAGGGGUGGUGAGCCAUAAUGAAAUCCUGGAAAUGUACAAGCAGCAUAUUGAUCCGGCCUUCAAAUGGGCAAACUUCACCCUUGAAGAACAAGCCAAGGUCAUAGUUGCACCACGAAGCAACAAUGAGCUGGAUGCUACCAAGUUGAGGAAGGAAUUUCCAGAGAUCCUCCCAAUCAAGGACUCACUGCUCAAAUAUGUAUUUGAACCAAACACGAAGAUUGAUAAUGGUGUUUAGCAAUUUAUGAGACUUAUAAUUAGACUAACUAAUGUUUAUAGGCACAGGAGCUAUUAGGGUCUGCAUUGGAACCCAGUCGGCCUUGAUACCCUUAUUAUUUUUUAUUACUGCAUAUUGUCCUAUUAAAAAAUAAAUUGAAUUUAGCCACUAGGUUUACCUAUUUCGUUAUUUUGAUUCGGUACUGUCUACUUGUUUAGUGUACCACUGAGGGGCAUAUCUCUUCCUCUCUCUGGUAUAGGAUCUGAUUUCUUGUUUCAUAAGGUGUUACUUUCUGUCCAGAUCAUUCUGUUGAUUCAUUGUUGUACUCAGAGAGUUACUACUGUUGAAAUUGCAUUUGAUGUCUUCCACUCCACAA